AUGGCUAAUGUUAAAAGCGAAAAGAGAACCGAAACUGUUAUAUAUUCUCAACUCCAACCAUGGAGUACAAUCGGUGUUCUAUCAUGUAUGGAACAAGCUGCUGAUCUUCCAAUUUCGGUCAGAAUUGCAGAAUUUCGCAAAACCUCAAGAUCUCAUCCUUGGCAUCCUACAUUGGGAUACAAAAUUCUGGAAGCGGCUCCUUUGUUUGCACAACCCAUAACGAAUCUGAUGUUGGGUACUUGUCGCAUACCAUAUGGAAUGACGACAAAGCCUUUGAAAUUUCCGAACUUAGUAACUGGUUUCGAUCGUAGUCCUUCGCACGCGGCACGUGCUGCACUUAACAUGCGAUAUACUCCAUAUGAUUGGAAGCAAAAUCAAAUCAGACUCUGCAAUGAAGCGGAUAUGAAUAUGUGUUAUUCCGAAAAAUUACGCAAGGACAGUGAAUGCUUAAUAAAAGAAGCUGAUGAAAAGAAACAAAUAGAAAACGACCAAAAACUUGAAGAAGGCAUUACUUGUUGGCGGAACGAAGUAGCAUCGGAGUUGGAAAAAUUUAAGACCGAAGACAAUAAAAUGCAGGAGUGCCGUCACGAUCUGCAAAUUGCGAUUCAGAAUAUCGAUAGACAAUUACAUAUCGCGCAAGAAUGUCUUUAUCUUCGAGAAUCAAGAGGAGAUACUGAUUUAGUUCGUGAUGAGGUUGAAACUGCUCUGCUGAAAGAAAUUGAGAUUGUAAGAAAUUGUGAGAAUCAAUUAGAACAAUUCACUAAUAAAUGUAUCAAUCAGUUGACAAAUAAUCGAGCGAUGCAAUAUCAGUUGCAUAUAAAUAUACGGAACAAAGAAUUGGGAAUCAACGUACAAUGUCACCGGACAAAUGAUUUUAGCCGAGACUUGCAAUCUUAUGAUAAAACGGAAAAAUAUGAUCCUAGUAUUACCGAGAUCGAAUCUUGGGCUAAAAUGGCAAAUAUAGUGAAGGAAUCGGAGGUAGAACGUAUGAAAUCGUGUCACUUACGAAGCGACAUCGAUAAUGUCAUGAGUGCUGUGAGUUACGAGAUAUAUGAAGCUCGGGAAAACACCAACAAGGCAUUGGAUAAAAGAGCCAUUGAAAUACUGGAAGCAAAGGAAAAAUUACAAACACAUUUGCAUAAGAUUCAAGAAGAAAUCUUGAGCAUCGAAAAGAACAUGAAACUAAUACGAAAAACCAUCGCCGAUAAAAAUUCAGAAUUGAAAGUUGCAAACAUCCGACCGGAGACCAAAAUGUACUAUCCGGAAUCUGAACUAUGCAAGGAUUCUGCCAAAUUCAGGAUAACUAACGAAGUAAAAAAUAUUAAUAAAAUGAUAUAUAAUCUGAAUUUGAUAUUGCAACAGUGUGAGAUGCAAUAUCAACAACUCUUACACGCAAGAUCUAAUCUGGAAAGCAAUUUGAUGUCCAAAACAGACGCACUUUUUAUCGAUAAAGAAAAGUGUAUGGGUCUCAGGAAAAGUUACCCGAUUUCGUUGAUUAUAAAAUUUUAAAGUGCUUACAUUGCAGAUAGAUAUAGAAAAACUUUGCAAAUUUAAAAAAAACAUGGGAGAGAUAUAUUUAAUAAAUUAAAUUAAUGAGAAUGAAGCAAGAUCAUUAAAAAGAUGACACGUAUGUGUACAAUUGUCUUUAUCUUUAUUACAAGCUAGAAAUCAAUAAUGUCUUUAGACGAAAUAAUAUUAUCUAUUUAUUCGUACAAAUAUCUUAUGAUACAACCAAUAACUCAGAUCUAUAGUUUAUGAUCUUUCAUUUGUACAGUUUCUCAUUAUAUAAUAGGACUUUAAGUAUUUCAUUGUGAAUGUAAAUCGCACAUUGUUUUUAGGAACAUCCACAAGUGAUAUACUAUAAUAAUUUCUUUAAUUUGUCUCUAAAAGAAAGCUUUAUAUAAUAUAUACAUACAUACAUACAUAUACAUAUACAUACAUACAUACAUACAUACAUACAUACAUACAUACAUAUAUGUAUAUACAUAUAUAUAUACAUACAUGUAUGUAUAUACAUAUAUAUAUAUGUAUAUAUAUGUAUAUAUAUGUAUAUAUAUGUAUACACAUAUAUACAUAUGUAUAUAUGUGUGUGUGUGUGUGUGUGUGUAUAUAUAUAUAUAUAUAUAUAUAUA